GGCUAAAGCAUGAAGCAACUACAAGGCUGCUUGUCUUUAAAAACAGACCACCAGACUAACGGAACUCUGAAACCAGCAGCAGCUGCCUCAGCAACAGAAUUUAAGGUUUACUUCAUAAGACGGGACUGAGAAAACAGGAUGCAAGAAAUCCUGAAGGCUUUGCUCCUUCUCUCCUGCGCUAACCUGACGCUGGGGAACCGUGUCUAUGUUCACCCCUUCAAACUGUUCGCGUUGGAAAAUCUCACCUGCGUGAACCUUCAGACUCACAAGGAGAAGCUGCUGGAGGAGAACUUGAUUGAACCCUCCCCUAUAGACCCACUAAACACCUUUCAGGGGGACACCAGCCCAGACGAACGGCCCGACCGGACCAAACAAAAUCUUAUCCAGCUAAAAGCCGAAGUGCUUGCAGGGCUCCAGAAUGGCCUUGGUCUUCGGGUGUACCGCACCCUACUGAAGCAGAAGACCGGCAACGCUCUGUUCUCUCCUGUGAACACUUUCGGAACUCUAGUCACAUUUUACCUGGGGGCCUCAUUACCCACAGCUGCAAAACUGCAGGAGUUCAUUGGCAUAGUGAAGGAGGGAAAUACGAAAAACUGCACGUUUGUAUUUGAUGGCUACAAGGUUCUGACCACGCUUCAGCACAUCAGUUCUCUGACUAACGGAACCACCGACUUGCAGAAAACAUUUGCGUGGACCUUUGUCGACAGAGGCGUUAAACUGCCGCACGAGUUUGCUCAAGGGACGCGGAACCUCGCCGAUUCCUCCUACAUCAGGUCGGUGGACUUCUCCCUCACCUCAGAAGCCAGACCCCUCAUGAACUCCUUCAUCGAGCAGACAUCUUUGGGGAAAAUAAAAAACCUUUUCAGUGCCAUCGACCCAUCUUCUGACCUGAUGUUCGCAAGUUCUGUUCAUUUCAAAGGACAAUGGAAAGUGCCUUUCCAGCCGGAGCAGACCACAACAGAGGGCUUCUGGAUCGACAAAGACACCAGGGUCACGGUCCCCCUGCUGUCUCACACUGGCAGUUUCAAGCACAAAGACGUGAAGGGCCUGAACAUCUCUGUCCUUAAACUGCCCAUGAGCAAGAGCACUUACAUGCUCCUUGUCCUGCCACACGAGGGCGCUGACCUGCACCGCAUCGAGGAACGUCUUUUUACAGGAAAAAGAGUGGAAUUUUCAGAGCUGGACACGGGACUGACUGAUGGGGUUUUCAAUGUGUUCCUGCCCAAGUUCUUCAUGAGUACUGUGAACGACCUCCAAGCUCUUCUCUCUGACAUGAAUCUUCCAUAUGUGCUGGGUGAAACUGCAGACUUCAGAGGACUUGGUAAAAAGCAGCAUUUCACAGUCGGGAAGGUAAAGAUUUUGAAAGGAAACUCGGAUGGACCUCAAAUAUUUCAAUUGCACUGAACAUUUCAGAGCAUAUAAAAUGUUAUCAGAAUGUGUAAA